CUGUCGGACAAUUUCAUAUGUCGGUUCCCAUGUCCCUUUCCCACUACAUAUCUGUUGGCUGAAAGGUAGACAUGCAUUUACACCUAGUUUUGACUCUUGCUAUUGCUUUAGCUGUUGCCGUUGUGAAGGCAAACAAAUGUGAAAGUGGAUGGGCAGAGUUUAAAGAGGAUUGUAUCUAUAUUGGUCAUGACCGUACGUCAUGGGAUGACGCCGAGAAAAGAUGCAGAGACAGGGGCGCAUGGCUGCUCUCAGAUGACAAUGAAGAAAAACACGAUUUUCUUACUACCCUCUUAAAUGUCUUUUACAAUUGGCACUACGAACGAUUUUUCAUCGGCGGAUCGGAUUAUUAUUUCGAGGGUCAGUUCCGUUGGGUGGAGACUGGUGCUCAUGUUGGUCCGUUUUCAAGAUGGGCGGCCGGACAGCCUCAGCUGAACAAUACACGUAAUUGUCUGAUGUUGGAAUGGGAAGGGAAUGAGCUUGUCUGGUCCGACCAGGUGUGCAGACCCCGGGAAUACACGUACUACAUAUGUGAGAAACUCGGAAACGUCACAGCUGGAAAUGGUGUUAUUGGAUAAACUUGGAAAAUCUCAAAUAAAACAAAUAUCAAAAAUAUUCUUGUUUAUCACAUUUUGAUCAAAC